AUGACCCGCGUGGCCGGCGAGCUGACGACAAACCCCUUCAGUUUGCCUCCCGAGCUGGAAUGUUUCUGGCUGCAAGAGCCAGUGGCAGAAAGGUCUGCCGAAGAGCGUCUGCAGGAGCGCAAGUUGAAAGUGUGGGAGAAGCCGACGUGCUCAUCCAGCUAUGGUGCGAUUUCCAAAAUCCGCGACCCUGAUCUUCCCAUGGCGCCUGUGCCGCCAGCGGUCGACGACAUGCUUGCAGCUGCGAAGCUGAAGGUCAUGGCAGAGGAGCGACCUGACAACACGUUCUUGACGACUGUGGCCACGAAGCCAGCGAUAGGACUCGUUGAGCCUCUACGGAAAAGCGAGAAAGACAUCCGAACGUAUGUGCAGAGGAAGCGCGAAGUUUUCCUGGUGCACAUGGCUUGCGACAACAAGCGUGAGGAGAUUGUGCGCUUAGACGCAAUGGCGAAGGCCAAAGAAGAUGCCUUGGCAGCCUCACAGCAAACUUUGGACGAGGAUGCCAAAAAGUUUGAAGAUUACCUCCAGGAAAGAAUCGCCAAGGCUUCUUCUGCUACAAAGGAAAGCGAAAUGCUUGCCAAAGUGAAGCAAGACAAAGUUGCAAGAAUCAAGAACCUGAGACAGCAGAUCGCGACUGUACAAAGUGAAACGAGCAAAUUGAAGGAGGUGAGAGUGGAGUCCGAACGCUACAAGAUGUUCUUGGAAAAGAUAACUCCACCCGAGUGGAAAGAAGAGCAGAGGAAGAAGAAAGAGCAAAGGAAGAAGGAAAGGGCGGAAAGGUGGAAGAAGGAACGCCUGGCACCGAUCAUGGAGCAGCUCGCCCAAGAAGAAGAGAAACUCUUCGAAAAGAUUGCCCAGGAGGAUGCUGAGGCUGAAGCUUCAAAAAAGCGCAGCAAAAAGCAAAGACGAAGGGAAGAUGAGGAGGAGCUACUGCAGCGGCAGCGGGAAAGAGACACCCGCCGCAAGCGCAUUCAGAAACGACGCGAGGAGGAGGAGCGAAAAGUCAAUGCCGAAUAUGUUGCCGUCUCUUCCGAAGAGGAGCCUGAGCUUUUCUUCAAGGAGCCCCAACAGCUCAUGGACAGCUUUACGGAACUAGAAGAGCUGAACCUCUUCCUCAUCCAGAGCUCUCAGGAAGCUGAACAGCAACUGGACGAGAUUCGCAACAACUUUGAAGCGAUGAAGAAGAACAUGGGCCACAAGGUGCAGCAAUUGAAGGAUCAAAUAAGGCAGCUGGAGCAAAGCAUCAAGCAGGAGCAGCGGCGGGGCGAAGAGAUCAAGCAAAGUCAUGCAGAGAAAGCGAGCACAGCAAUCCAGGACAAGAAAUUGACCAGUUUGGCAAAGAAGGUGCACGAAGUUUACACCAGAUGCAAUCUUGCACGGGACCAGCAGCAGCCGGAUACGCUGCAAAUGCUUGGCGCCAUUGAAUCGCGGAUCGAAGAGUUGAUUCAGGGUCUCGAUGAGGCCUAUCAGCAGGAUGAGGAUCUUGUCAUGCGUCUGGAGAAGAUCAAGGAAGGCGAUCGGCGCGAAAGAGUACGUGAGAAUCGGCUGAAAGAACAGUCGGAAAAGCAAGAAGAUCGCUUGAAGCAAUCAUUGCAGCGGUCGCAGAAGCCCGUCUUCAAGAAAGCCGGCAAGCAGGUCAUGUACCGAUCUCCUCCGUUACGGCAGGAACGCAAGGUAGUUGAAGACACAACUGAUGAUGAAGCGCACGCCAGAGAUCACAAGGUCUUCGACAUUUACAUCGACCGGAAAACAGGAGUGCCUCACACGGACGCACCUGUGGAAGAGCCGAGGCACCGAAGAGCAAGCGUGCGUAAGCAGGAGCGUGCGAAGUGCCGAUCAGAGUAG